GGCAUCCUAACUUGACGGGUUGUCAGCCUUCUCAUGCUUCAAGACAGGGCCAAUCAGAUUUGAGAGCUGUAUAUACUAUGCUGCUCCAGCCACACCCAACCCAGUUCCGGUCCUGUCUUACUUCAAGUCAGUCCACAAGCUGCCCAGUCUCCUCUAGCUUCUAGCUGCCUUAGGCUUGUUUUUCCUUGGUUAUCCUCUACCUUUUUUGGUUUGUGUCUCUGCACUUGUUCCACUCAUGGAGCUUUCACAUUGCAGUGACAUGCUGAAGGGCACACUUUUGGAGGGCCCCCUCUUAGAGGCUAUGUUGGCACCCACCUAUGCGGUGUCUGGGACUGCUGCCGUGUGCGCUGCUGGGUUUUCUGAGGGAACCAUUGCUAAAAGCUCUGAGAUGGCUCCGUGCCUAGAGCUCGUUCUGCCCCCAAAAGUGGCAAAGAAGACCAAACACUUAAAUGGCCCAAACGUGACCGAAAAGAAAAAGGAAUGCAAGCUGGCCUCCGGUGGGGCUCCACUUUGUGAGAGGCUUCAGCUACAGGCAGUACAGGCGUGGCUAUCACUGACGACAGUCUCUGAGAUUCCUGCCCAAACCAUGGCCAGACGUGGCCUAAAAGAAAAAGGAAAGCAAGCUGGCCUCCGGCGGAGCUCCGCUUUGUGAGAGGCUUCAGCUACAGGCAGUACAGGCACGGCUAUCACCAACGGCAGUCUCUGAGAUUCCCGCCAAAACCACAGCAGCAAUUAUGUCUCUCCUCAGCCCGUGCCUGUUUCUAAGGCUUUGCCUUCGGCCUUGCCGCUCGCUGCUUCUGCACUCCUACAGGGGGUGUGCUCAGAAACGCCUGAGACUAUUACCGGCCCUAAAAAUGAGGCUUUGUCAGCUGGUGAGUUGCAGUGGUUGGGGGACUUUGUUAAAAAACAAUGUUUGUCCCUGGUGUCUCCUUUGUUGGAACAGUUGGGUUCUUCAGGGCCGGUAGCUGCCAUCGUUCCCCCACCCCCGAGUGUGAGGGGGCUGCCUUGCGGGGGAUGGGGGAGUGGCAUCUGAAGCCUUGGCUAAGCACCCUAGGCGCCCUUCCUUUUCUUCCUCCCCCGAUUCAAGCCCUCAGAAGGGCUAUUCCGCAGAGCAAGCAGUUUCAGUUUUCCCUCCCCCCUAAAAGGAGACUCCAUAAAAGAAAAAGAGUGCCACUGCCAGAUGAGGGCAUUAGGGCACCUAAACGCCCCCUAGUGGCUCCUCUGCCAGCAGCAGCGUCUUCUGUUGUUACUGCUGUGCCCCCACCUCAUCACUCUGCUGCUGUUUCUUCUGACAGAGAGUCCUCUGAGUCAGAAAAGGAAGAAGGGGAAUUGUCUGAUGAACAGAACCUUUCACAAGAGAAACCCAGCUCUUGUUUGCUUUCCUUGUCAGAGUUUGAGGUUUUGUUGGCCAAAGUGAAAAGAGUUAUUAAGGAUGUGUCCCCAGAAUCAGGGGUUCCUUACAAUUCAGGUUUAGAUCAAGAGGUUUUCCCCUCUACCUUGGCUUCAACAGCCACGAUUCCUUUUCCCACUCUCUUCAAGGAUGUACUGUUAGCAGAAAUAAGGGGGGUGCCUGUUACUACUAAACCUGUUUUGACUUUUCCUAAGAAAUUAUAUACUCUGCUGCCUGACAUUAUGUCUUUGUUAGCUACUCUCAUUGUAGAUGCUCCUGUGGUGCAAUUAGCGUCGUGUGCGUAGCUGAAUAAGGAAGGCGAUGAGUUUGGGUUUUUUUUAAAGUCACCUGAGGAGAAGAAGGCGGAUCAUCUUCUACGAAAAGGUCAUGAGGCCUCGGCCACUGUCAUUAGAGCAGUAACAACCAAUUCAAUCUUUGCUAGGGCGUCCAUUCGUUAGGUGAAAGAACUGAUAAGAGUGGUGCCUCCAGAAAAUGUUGAACUUCGGCAAUGUCUUUAUAAAUUGGCCAGGGUGUCUCUCUUAUGGCUGACUUGAGCCUUCAUUGUCUGCAACAUGCCUCCUGUGCCAUGGCAGCAGGGGUGGCGGUCAGGAGAGGCUUAAGGCUGAGACAUUAGAAAAUAGACACGAAGUCAAAGUUGCCUUGGCUGCUACUCCCUUUUUAGGAGGGAAGUCAUUUGGAGAGUCUUUAGAUCCAGUUUUGGUUGAAACCCGUGAUCUAAUAUUAAUAAUAAUAAUAAUAAUAUAAAUAAAUAAUAAUAUAAAUAAAUAAUAAUAUAAAUAAAUAAUAAAUAAAAUAAAAUAAAGGCCAUGCCUAUGGGGCGAGGGGAAGCUCGUAGGGGGUUUAAUUCCUCAUUUCAGAGUUCCUUUCAUCCCUACAGAAAUUCACCCUGCGCAGGUUAUGCUGGCUUCAGGGGCACUGACAGAGACAAAGACAACCGAGGCUUGGCAUUCAGAGGUUCCUGGAAACCAUCCUGGUCCGGCAGGAACAGGGGACAGAAUAAGAAUUGAUUGGGCUCCUUCGCCAACAGUGCAGAUUCCAGGAAUCGUAAGCAAUGAUGUUGGGACCAGUUGGGACCGUCUCCUGGACUUUGCCAGGACCUAGGUGCUGAUCACCACCGAUCGGUGGGUUAUUCGUACGGUUACCCGGGGUUAUUCAAUAGAUUUCGUAUCUGUUCCCCACGAUUUUCUUUUUGUAACUCUUGUUUCCAGACAGCGUUCCAAAAGGCUUCUGAUGGAGCAGGUUAUUCUUCGUCAUGGCAAGGCGUGUUUUCUUUGCUCUUCUCGGUUCCAAAGAAGGAUGACACCUGGCGUGCGAUUCUCAACCUGAAACGUCUAAACUGCCUUGUGAGGAAGUGGAUCAGUCCACCCGUGGAAUUGGCUUUCAUCUAUAGACUUGUCAGAGGCUUAUCUGCAUGUCCCAGUUCACCUGAGGUAACGUUGUUUCCUGAGGUUUGCUUACAAUCAACAGCAGUUCCAAUACAGAGCAUUGCCUUUUGGCCUUUCAUUGGUGCCCCGAGUAUUUACAAAAUUGAUGGUAGCUGUCAUCGUGCACGCAUGGGAAUUCAGGCCUAUCCAUAUUUGGACAAUGUGUUGAUCAUCUUCAACUGUCUCACAUUCUGCUACAUCUGGGAGUGCUUUUCAAUAUGGAGUUAGCAUUAGUAUCUCUACCAGUAGAGUGUCAGAACAAGCUCACAGAGACUAUCGCUUCUUGGAUGCUGAAGAAGAAAGGGGACCUCAUGUUUCAAAUUUUGGGACACUUGAUUGCCUACCUGGACUGUACUCCCUGGGCCAGAUUGCAUUCAACCCCUCUCCAAUGGUUUCUUCUUCCUUAUUAAUUAGUGAUCAUUGAUAAGCAGCAUUUGAAGGUUACUCUUCCUUCCAAGGUCAGGGAAUCCUUUUGAUGGUGGCUUUCUCUGGCACUGUAGAGGGGUACAACAGAUGCGAGCCUAUCUGGCUGGGGGGCACACUGUCUCGCUCACCAUGCUCAAGGACUAUGGCUGGAAGAGGAAUUCCAGUUCAAUAUCAAUUGGCUAGAAUUGAAGGCUAUACGCAUGGCUCUGUUACAGUUCCAGGGGCUAGAACCGUCAUGCCUUGGUCAGAAUGGACAAUGUGAAGGUCAAGGCCCAUGUACACCAUCAAGGCGGCACGAGGUCGCGAGUGCUUAUGCAGGAGGCGGAUUGCUUUCUGGCCUGGGCAAAGCUGAACCUGAAGUCCAUAGCGGCUGAACACCUGAGCAGGGAGGAUAUUCUCCAGGCAGACUGGCUAAGUCACCAGUGGAUAGACUCGUUGGAAUGGUCACUGCUUCCGGCGGUGUUCGAUCAGAUUGUACACAGGUACGGUCUUCAUCCACUGGAUCUUUUUGCAACCAUGCACAAUACCAAGCUCCCAAGGUUCUUUGCCAGGCAUCACUGCAGACAGGCAGAAGAGAGGGAUGCUCUAGUGUCUCCCUGGCCUUCAGGGUUGCUGUACACCUUUCCUCCGAUGCCAAUACUAGGUCUGGGGCUGCGGAAGAUUGUAGCGGAAAGGGCGGAAGUCGUUCUCAUUGUUCCAUAUUGGCCACGCAGACCUUGGUUCUCGGAGCUGGUGUCCAUAUCGAUUCAACCUCUGUGGCCACUUCCUCUCAGAAAAGACCUGCUUUCCCAGAGUCCUCUUCUGCACUCGGAUCUCGGCUGGCUGAGACUUCACGCCUGGAGGUUGAGCGCAAGCUCUUAGUGGAUAAAAGGUAUUCCUCUCGGGUUCAAGAUACCAUCCUGGAGUCCAGGAGGGCGUCCACCUCUUGCAUAUAUCAACUUACCUGGCCUGCCUUCUGUUCUUGGACAGCAAAGCACGAUGUCCUUCCGGCUUCUGCUAGAGUGUUAGAAGUUUGGGGGUUUCUGCACUCUGGUUUAGAGAGUGGUCUUCGUCUGUACACCUUAAGGCAGCAGUUCUCUGCUCUAUCAUCUGUUUUGGACCUCAGGGAUUCUGGUUCUUCAUCUUUGCAUCCCCAUAUUAGUCAGUUUUUGAAGGGAGUGAGUAAUUUGGCUCCUCCUCCUAUCCACAGGUUUCCCACUUGGGAUUUAAAUAAGGUUUUAAAUACCUUGACCAAGGCUCCAUUUGAACCUCUCAGUUCUGUUGCUUUGCGGUAUUUGUCCAGGGUUUUAUUCUUAGUGGCAAUAACCUUAACCGCCUUGAGCCAUUUUUGGAAGGGCAGUAUAGAAAUUGAAUGAAUGAAUGAAUGAAUAAAAUAACCUCUUCUAGGAGGGUCUCGGAAUUGGCUGCCCUCUCAGUGAGAGAUGAGUUGUGUAUUUUUCAAAAAAGAGUCAGUUGUUUUAAAGUUGGAUCCUACCUUCUUAACGAAGGUCAAUUCUAUUUUCCACACUAGCCAGGAAGUGGUGUUACCUUCGUUCUGUUCCAAGCCCACGCAUUCUAAGGAACGUGUGUGGCAUAAGUUGGAUGUGUGAAGGGCUUUAAGAAAUUAUACCCACCGAACUCAGUCUUUUAGGAAAACGGACUCUUCCUUUGUUUCUUUUCAAGCAGGCUCCCUCGGGACCAAAGCUUCUAAAUUGUUUUUGGCCUGGUGGCUUAGGGCUUCGAUAGCCUUGUCUUAUGAGACAUUGAACCUACCUGUGCCCAGAGGUAUCAUGGCGCAUUCAGUGAGAAGUGUGACUGCAUCGGCAGCUUUCUCAGCAAGAGCUCCCCUGGAGGAGAUUUGUAAAGUGGUCACAUCAAGUUCUAUUUCUCCUUUUGUGAGACACUAUAAGAUUUUUUCCUUCUAUGAUCCCCAGGCGGCGGGUGGAAGGACAAUUCUUCAGCGGGUGGUCUAGGCAUCCGCUCCCCGCCCUUGAUUUCAUUCAGCUUGGGUAUGUCCUGUCAAGUUAGGAUGCCCUCCCCAUUCCUCGGAAAAAGAAACAUUGGUAGACUUACCGUGAAUUGUUCUUUUUUGAGGUAUGGGGAGGGCAUCCGGCCCUCCCGCGGAUGCUGGGAAAGGAAUGAUAUUUCUUGGGUGGCGGGGCAACUCCCAGGGUUCAAGAUUGUGCUAUCCCUGUUCUUUCUCUUCCUUUGGAGGUCUCUGGAUUUUCCCUGGUUGACCUUUCUUCUGUUCUUGUUCAUUCUGUUUCUCUGGUGGUUGAAAGCCAGAGUUUUUUCUCCAUUAUGGGGCUACAGGUUUUUCGCUCACAGUCCCGGAACUGGGUUGGGUGUGGCUGGAGCAGCAUAGUAUAUACAGAUCUGAAAUCUGAUUGGCCCUGUCUUGAAGCAUGAGAAGGCUGACAACCCGUCAAGUUAGGAUGCCCUCCCCAUACCUCGAAAAAGAACAAUUCACGGUAAGUCUACCAAUGUUUCUUUCAUUUUAUUUGCUGUGUAAACCAAUAACUUUUUGCUGAAAAGCAGCAUAUAAAUAUUUAUAAUAUUGUUACUGUGUGUGUGUGUGUGUGUGUUGCGCAUGUACACAUGCACAUGUAUGUUUGUAGUUAAUGAGAAUCUUAAAUAUUAGAGGCUAGUUAUUUUGUGAAGCCGAUUGCAUCCUCCUGAUUAAUAUUCUGCCAUUAGUAAAAAAAUAUCCAAAGUAUUCUCAGACAUAUGUAAUAUUGUGAAAGUUACCUGUUUGUGUGUUGAGAGGUGAUUUCCAGCAAUCCUCCCCCUUCCCUCUGUAGUCAUUUGUGCUUCCUGGAAAUAGAAUUUUGACGAUUGUUGGAUCCUCAGGAACAUAUUUUUGGGAAGCACAGGUGGCUACAGAGGGGCUAUGGCCAAAAAUUUCUGUGCUUUUUCAUGCACUUGUAGAAAUGUUUUCCAUGUGCAACGGUAACUCUGUUGGGCAUUUUUUAUUAAUGUUGAGAUAAAUUAUUAGAUUAACUACUGGGGAGGUAAGGCUACAACACCUGGGGUUUAUUAGUUUAGAAGAAAGAUGACUGAGGGUCCACAUUAUAGAGGUCUAAAAAAUUAUGUAUGGUUUAGAGAGAGAAAUUUCUCUCUCUUUCUCAUAUAACACUAGAAUGAGGGGUCAUCCCAUGAGACUGAUUGCAAAAAAAUUUAGGGUCAACAAAAGGAAGUAAUUUUUCACACAAGGCAUACUUAACCUAUGGAAUUAUCUGCCACAAGAUGUGGUGGCAGCCACCAGUCUGGAUGGCUUUAAGAAAUAUAUUUCAUGGAGGACAAGUCUAUCAAUGGCUACUAGUAUGAGGGCUAAAGGCCACCUCCAACCUCAGAGGCAAGAUGCCUCUAAAUACCAGUUGCAGGGGAGCAUUAGUAGGAGACAGGGCAUGCCCUCAGCUCUUGCCUGUGGGCUUCCAAGGGGCAUCUGAUGGGCCACUGUGUGAAACAGGAUGCUGGACUAGAUAGGCCUUGGGCCUGAACCAGCAGGGCUGUUAUGAAGUCUGUAAGCAGAAUAUUCCUUUUGUUUGAUCAAUAAGUAAAUAAAUAAUGACUUGGAAUAUAUUAAAUGCUGAAAAUGUGUUCCAGUUUUUGACAUUCACUGUUAGAUGAAAGUGUCACAGUUUUCAGAGAGAAUUCCUGAACACAAGCAUCCACACUGGGGGAGGCACACAUUUUAAAAUGCUACCUUUUUGACCACUGAGCUGUGGUUUGUGCUUUUUUGGGCCAUCUUAGCUUAUACAUUUGUGGGUGCAGUAGCUGAAGGUGGAACCUCUGCAGAGCUUCAUCUUUCAGGUUGUAACAAUAAAGGAUGUGUUUUAAGGCCUGCUGCUCCUUGCAUUUCUUUCUGCUGCUCCACACAGGAGAUACCUCAUGUUAGGAAGUAGAGGCGUCUUCACAAAGACUGCACAGAGGUGUCUUCACAAGACUGUGUCUACUACAUUAUGCAAUAAAUAUUCUAGAGAGCAGUGGAACCCCAACAAUUAUACUAGAUAAAAGGUGAUUCUCUUUGUCCAUAUACCUCACUGGUAAUCUAGAAGACUCACUACCACUCUCUCUAACUCUAAGGAUGAUCCAGGAAGAAGGGGAGGGGUUUACUGAGCCAUAUAGAGAGAGCCAGCCUAGCCAGUUGGUAGCACUGGUGCCAGAGAAAGGUUAAUAAUAUUGGGUUAUAAAGCACUGGGACCAUAUGUCUACAAUUCAUGGAGAGAAGCACCAGAAAAAUAGGUAAAAUUGAUUCAAAUAAUCUUCCUGCUUAAUUUCCCAGACACUUGAUAUCCCACACAAAUUUUUUUCCUUCAUCCUGGACAAGACAUUCAAAUCCUGGACACGUGGCAACCCUAGCAUAGAGUCCUGUCCAGAAUUUUUGGUUGGAGGCUAAAACUUUGCUUCCAGCUGCAGAUGCAGUAGCUGCACAAUAACUUCUGUGGUGUGACAGAUCACUUGAUUAUUCAGGACUCUAAAGUUGCUAAAGAUGGGAAAUAUUCCAAUAUUACUGCUGUGAUGUUGGGAGAAAGAAGGUAAAUUCAUGUGUUCAAAAUUUCAUUUUAGAGUACUUUUUAAACAGGGAAUUAUUAGAAUGAUAUUAGUUUUCUAUGAUAUUAGUUUUCUAUACCCUGCCUACAUUCAACUCUGAUUUCUGUUGUAUUGCAGAUUUUCUUUGCUACUUUCUGCAAUGCAAUUAUAAAACAUUUCAGUAUAAUGGACAGGAUCCAAACUUGAGUUAGCCAUGACUAACUUGUCUCAUUGAUUUCCAUGGUAUUUUGUCAUGACUUAGUCUGAAUCCUCCCAUUGAUUUAUCUUAGAUUGAUAUGCAUUGUUAGACAGUGAUCCAUGUUGAAGUUCUCACUAUUUUGUAGAAAUUAGAAUUCAAAGACUAACUUCUGGAGUGAUUGUUGUUAAAACAACAUUCUUUGGCUUUUGAUUGGUUAAUUUGUACUUUUAUCUUCUCUUAAAGCUUAAUGGGUUUUUUUAAAGGUUUAAUGGAAAAAUGGAUGAACAUUUGCCAAAUUGAAUCUUAUGGAAGAAACUAUUAGAAAAAUCUCUUGAGUCUAAUCCAGGCUUUAUGGAAAACAAGGGAGGACACUUCAGAGGAUUUGUUGAAGUUGUGCUAUUGUCAAUCUUUGACGUUUUAGAAUGCUCUUUCAGUGAGUCAAGAUGACCUCAUACUUCCAUGGCUGCUAAUCCACAACUUUAAUUUUCAUGAAGACCCUAUGAACGCUUACCUAUGGAAAAUUUUCUUGAAAUAAUCAGCAAUAAUUUGCAAAAACUGAGCUAAUUUUAUGCCACAGUUUUGCUGUAUUCUUAAAUGUGGUAAUUUAUACAAAUGUAAGCAUCAACUGUAUUUACUGAAAUGCUUUGAAUUUUUUUGGGGGGGGGGUAAUAUUGCUAGGCUAAUUUAUAGAAUACUAAUCAUGCAACCUUUAAAAUACUGUUUUGAGACUAAGUCCUUCAGUGAUCCUGAUGGUGUCUGUAAUAGAAUGGUAUUUGUGCAGAGAAUCUAGAUAGAUAAAUAAAUAAAAAUAAAAUUUUUUCAUACAACCAUAUACCUUGUGAUCCAUAAUGUUCCAGCUGGAGAUACCAAGCAUGGAUUAAAGAGGUAGAAGGAUGUUGGUAAAGGUGCUGUUGGUAUCAGACUCAUUUACUCUACUUAUAGUGACUUGCUGCUCACCCCAUAUGACUGACAGUGAUAUUGUAUAGGAUCUGAUAAUAUGAUUCAUGUUGAAUGAAAUAAUUUUGAACAAAUGCAGAUGUUCUCACUUUGGGUAUGAGAUUUCUGGAAUGUCCAUGGCUGCAAAAGUAUUGCCCAUUAGUGAUACAGUGGAAGAAAUUGUAAAUUAGACUGACUCCUGAGUAUAUUUUGUGUGUAAAUAGUCUCCUUCCUGCCCCCCCCCCCCCGUGGUUGACAAAAAGCAGUUACCCAGUACAAUUCUAAAAUACUGGAUAACUUGGUAGCUGAUUCCUUUACGAAGAGAAAAUAAAUUGACUUCUAGAAAAUGUCUGUCCUAUUUAUAGUUGACAUUGAUAUCUAUCUAUCUAUCUAUCUAUCUAUCUAUCUAUCUAUCUAUCUAUCUAUUUUCUAGUAUGUGACUGAUGACCAUCACUAUAGAAAGAGUCAAAGGUCUUAAUUCUUUCAGGGAAGCCCCAGAAAAGUAAAGGACUUUUACAGGUUCAUGUGGGCUUGGCUAGUCUGCCAGUCAACAGCCUGUUGAAAUCUCCCUGGAAGAGGAAGGCGGCAAGUUAUUUUCAAGUCUUAAGAUAUAUUCAGUAGUUCUUUGACAACAUGGUCUGAGAAAAAUCUGAAACUGUUUUGCUUGACAGGGCACUACUUUUAUAUAAGCUAAUUAGGAGGCACUACUUUGUAUUUCAGGAAGACCUGCAGAUAUUGGAGUUGGAUUUUUCAUAAGUAUUCAUGAUUUUACGUAUUGGGUUAUGCUUGUAAUAGAUGUACAAAACUGUUGCACUUGGUAAUCAAGUGUCAUAUCAUCAUGGAUCAUUAUUUCUUAUCAUUUUAGAGGGCAGUUUCUCAACAAUGGAACCUAACUGAGGUUAAAAAUCUAUCAUCUUGUUUUAUCAGGCAACGAAACAAUACAUGAGCAUAGAUUUUCUAGGUCCCUCACAAGGAGGUGCUUUGUUGGGAAAUGAUAGCUCAGAUUUUCAUUCAGUACAAGGGAUGGAAACGGGAAUCUGCAAAUGCUGGCUAACUAGCCAGCCAUCAUUUGUGGUCAGUACUGACCCCUCCCCUCCCCUUAGUCCAAUGGCAUGCCAAUUCCUCCUGGGAGUAGAGAAGUUGAGAAACAGUGGGUGUGCCUCCCAUCACUUGUAAAGAGACUCAUGUAAAUUCUUAACUUCUCUAAAUGCAGUGCAAAUAAAAUAUCUGAAGAGAGGAUUUGUACAUUCCUUUGCUUGUAAGGAGCAAUUGCUGCUGGUAAGUAGAGUUGUUGAAGCUUAAUGAGAGAUGUUUCCUCUUUAUAAAUUGUUUUAAAAGGAAAGCUUGAAUAUGAUGAGUGUGUGCUUGGUUUAAUUGCCUUUAUUACCCAGAAAGGAUUGCCUUAAAGACUUGGUAUUUUGUGACCUCAGAUAAUCAAUUGGAGUUGCAUUAUUUUGCAUCAUCUUGUACUAAAGAGGCCUAGGAGACCAUACAUUCUGAUAUUGGUAGGAAUGUUUCACAGCAUGUGAUUGAUUUCAGAAAGUAUCCCUUAGGAAUUACCAUUAAUACUAAAAGAAAAAUGCUCAGUGGACUCAGCCGUCUUCUAGAAUUGCUUGCUCUAUUUCAGAGCUAGUUGCUUUCUUUCUUAGAAUUGUGGCACCAUGCUAAAGACAGAGGCUCAGAUCUGAAGUGGGUGCCUAAUGUGAGCUGUGCACUCACUUCAGAGGACGAGGACAGGGUUGAUUUGAUCUAAAUAAAAUUAGAUUGAAAGCAUGAUUAAAAUCGCUUCACAGAAGGACUCAUUGUUAAUGAUUUAAAUCACAAUUUAGAUCACUAGUUGGGAAGAUCCUAUUUAAUCAUCAUUUUCUAUAAAUGUACAUUAUUUUUGCCUAAUAUAACCUUAAUAAAUAUUUAGAGAUAGAUGUAGGUUUCAUUUUUAGAAGGUAGGUACACAUUAUAAUAGGUACACACUUCUCAUAAUGCUGUUUCAUUCGGGCAACCAGGCCUUGUACUGUUUGCAUUUUGCACGCAUGUCUGCCUUACACACAGGUACAGGAACUUCAUUAAAGUAUUCCCAAAUUGAAUCUCUUUUACGGCCUGCUGCCAUGAUAGGCAUUUCCCUUUUACAAUGGAGGAUACACUCGGAAAAAGUUUCCUUUAGGAUUGCAUGAACAAGUUCUGUUUACAUUUUGGUUUCACUUUCUAUUCCCCUCCCCUCCCCAUCUCAUGCAUUUAUAUUCAGACUCCUCCUCCCUGCUCAGAUCUACUCCACCCCACCCCCCCAUCCUCUAUUCAUUCAUUGACCUUCUUUGUCUUUGUACUGGGGCAGGGGAGCAAGGGCUUGACUGACCGUGUGUGUGCAUGCGCUGCAUGUACACCACCUGCAGAAUAGGAUUGAUCAGGUCUGUUAUCUCUCAGCCCCAUAUACUGCUGUUUAAAUGUUCAUAGAAUAUAAUUAUGAUAUUCAUUAUGGUAUCUUUGACUAGGUUUUUCAUGAAUUAUUUUUUUUUAAAUAAAUUUAAAUUUAAAAAAAAAUCAUAGAUUUUUAUCAACCCUAACCAGGAUUAGUUAUGUGUUGCCCAGCACAAAGUGGGGAGUGUGAAUGUUGGGGUUCCUACUUCCCCUCAGAUCACCUGUAACUGGUAGAAAUAUGUCCCUGAGGGUCAUUCAGUCUUCAUGGAUGUACUUUCAUAUGUCAUAGAGCACUCCAGGGAGAAGGAGCAAUGGGGGCAUGAAUGUUGCGCAUCUCUCCAUUUCCCUGGAAGUGCUCUGUGACACAUGGAAGUAUGUCCUUGAGGGCUGUGUUAGCCUUAGGGACAUAGAUUGCCCUCUAACUGGUAUAAAUAAGGGGAAGAUAGCAGCCUCCAAAAUUUUCACUGCCUACUGCACAUUGGGUGCAGCCAAUAUUGUUGGUAAAGAUUGUAUCAAGAAUAGCAGUUACAGCAUUCCAUAAUAAGUGUAGUAAUUUGGCUAUACCCACUGGAAAAUAGAGGCAGGACUAUAAUUAUGUCCAGUUGGGGUUUAUGGGUAACAAUGGUGUACUGAAUCCAGUCAUAUGUCAUGUUGGACGCCUACUUUGGCAAUAAAAAGCCUUUAACUUAUUGACAUCAGGAUACAGGUUAUGAUGCUACUGUAGCUUGUAAUUUGAUAAGAGUACGUAACCAUUAUAUAUUUUGUAUGCUUAUUGUUUGGCUGGAAUAAAAAGCAUGUCUUUGUUUCCAUAUACUUUGCUUUGCAGUUUUAUCUGACCUCAGAAUACAAAGGUUUCCUAGAAAGAGAAGGUAGGGUGGUGGUGGGGAAGGUAACAAACAUCCUACCAGGGACCAAACACUUCUGUGUGUCUGUAUCAGUGCAGCUGUAUUGUACAAGGUUUUGUGUAAGUCAGAUGUCAGUGGCCAGAAUAUGACAGGAAUAACAACAUUAAGCAUAAUUCUGUCCAAUGUGUCAGGACUGAAAAUAAUUCAUUCGGACCUUGAGUACCAAGUGUAAAUGUGCAUCAAGGAGCCAUGCUGUGCCAUGCACCUGAUUUACCCAAGUGGAGAGUCUAAAAGCUUCAGACAAGGUUUGUGUGGUGCCAACCUGGAAAAGGAGGAGACCAGCAACAGGCAGCAAGGAGCAGAUCUCUGAUGAUAACGGUGAGCUGGUUAAUGGGCAGUGAUCAGUCAGGAGCCUCAGAACCUGAGACAGGCCAGUGUUCAAAGCGCCUGAAGCAUGCCAGAACCCAACCACUCAAAUGAAAAUGCAAAAAAAUUUCAAGGUGCAGCCCACUGGUGUAAAACAGUGCACUAUAGUGCCAUUGAAUGGCCUCAGAUUUUGGCUUUUAGUUUCUCCAGUGGGGACCUUUUAGGAGAGUGAACAGCCUUGGAUGGUGAUGAGUAUACAGAAUCUGAAAGAUCUGAACAGUUCAUCCUUGGUUCAGUGCCUUGUAAUGAUGAUGCUUCUUUUGACAGUUUCAGGGAAUGAGAGACCAUCUUGAAAGAUUCUGGUUUGAGGACAUUUUUAGGGAGCUGAUUAUUGGAGAUAGACAUCAGAUAGAUAGUCACUUAGCAACAUAGGAAGCUGCCUUAUACCAAGUCAAACCAUUGGUCCAUCUAGCUCAAUAUUGUCUACACUGACUGGCAGUGGUUUCUUGUAGGAUUUCAGGCAGGAGUCUUUACCAGCCUUACUUGGAGAUGUUAAGGAUUGAAACUGGAAUCUUCUUAAUGCAAAGCAGAUGCUCUACUGCUGUGGCUCCAUCAUUUGGUAAGCAAUGUCAUUUGCAUAACUGCAUGCUCAGACAUUGUUACAAAUCCAGCAUCGCUGUUAUCGGCUUACUACAAAACGAAGGUAUGAAAAAAGGAUA